AUGGGACGAGGAGAAACAAAUGCAAAGAAGCGGAAACGCCUGUCUGAAGCGAAAGCUGCCCCAAAUCCAUCAAAUUCGACUCCCUCUACCCCCGCAGAAGUCGACACCACUAAGCCAACUGCCAUUUUCCAACCUACCAAGGGUCGAGACUGGACAGUAAGUGUCGCCCUACCAGGGAGCAUAAUUGCAAAUGCUCAAUCCCACGAACAACGAACGUCCCUUGCUGGGCAUAUUGCCCGCGCUCUCUCGGUCUUUUGUGUCGACGAGAUAACGAUCUUUUCAGAUGGACACUCACAUAAUCCGAACAAGCGCCAUCAUAGCCGGACGCACUCCUUCGCGCAUCAGCAAGAUCCAUCCCAAGACGAGUACUCAGGCACUUCAGACCCAGACCACUUCCUUAUCCACCUCCUCAGCUACCUCGAAACACCUCCACAUCUGCGAAAACACCUAUUCCCUCUCCAUGCAAAUCUGCGAACUGCAGGUACACUACCGAGUCUGGAUCUACCACAUCAUCUGAGAAGCGACGAGUGGUGUCCGUUCCGGGAGGGAGUAACGCUACCUGGUGCUGAUGAGCACGGGACUUUCGUCGAGGCUGGACUAAGGAUACCAGUUACGAUCAAGGAGCAGAUACCAGAGAACACGAGAGUCACUUUGAAAUUCGAGGAAGGUGCUGAGGCGAGCCAUAAGGAUGCCAGUGCAACAACAAUCAAAGCCGAGCCAGUGAACCCUAAUGAUCCACGAGAAGAGGCGGGGUAUUACUGGGGAUUCAAUGUGAGGAAGGCUGGAAGUCUGAGUGAGGUCUUUACGGAAUGCCCGUAUGAAGGUGGAUAUGAUAUCACAAUUGGCACGUCCGAGCGUGGAAUCGACGUUGAGAAGCUGUAUUCAGGAACUGAGGAGCAGAAGCUGGGGAAAUUCAAGCAUCUCUUAGUGGUGCUAGGCGGAGUAGCUGGACUUGAGGUUGCUGUAAAGAAUGAUCCCGAACUACAGAAACUCGGGGUUGUAAAAGCCGAGGAUGUGUUUGAUAGAUGGGUGAACGUAUGUCUCAAUCAGGGAAGCAGGACUAUCAGGACCGAGGAAGCUGUGUGGAUUGGUCUGAUGGGCUUAAGGCGAUUAGUUGUUGGCAAUGAGGGAGAAUAA